AUGACGGCCUCUCUACUCUCUAGCCGCCACCGCCGCCGAGAGUUCCGCGCUGAGAAAGAAGUACAAUAUGGCGUUAACUUGCAAGGCAAGGAACUUUUACUGUUGCGUGGGACAUUAGGAGAUAACAAAGAGCCGAUUUCCGAUGUACGGAAGCAGGAGAUUCUGAUCCCCGACGAUGUUGUAAAUGGCUUUUUCAUGCUGUGCGAAUACAUAUCCUUGGAGCUAGUUAAAUUUCUUGGGAUCAAUCCCGACGAAGAAACAGAGGAAAUUGGAUCAGGUUCAAUCUCGGCGAUACCAAGGAAGUGUUUAGCAGAUGAUCAUGAUGAUACGGCUUUAAAGGAGCUUUUGAGUGAUAUGAAAGAAUCAUUGGAGCGACACGGUCUUAAGAUUUGGAUGUAUACACCGAUGGUGGAUGAUAUAAUAGAUUGUUGGCUCGAGGAACGUUGUGGCUGCAGUUACAAUAGGUAA